CCAGUGGUCCCUAAUUCUACUGCGGGCUGCGCAUGAUGCCCGGAGGCUGAAGUGGUGGAGCUGGGAGGAGUGGCUCCACGUGUACGGAAGGCUGUGGUGACAAUCGUUAUUACUAUUCUUACUCUUAAAACAGUGGCCACUAUUAUUUACUUUUCUCCAUGACUUGACACGGGUGUCUGGAGACUGGGUUGGCAUUUUCUAAUACGGCUACACUUUUGGGCGGCUGGCCACCGUUACCCAUUUUGCAGUAAAACCCUUGUCUCCAAAUCGCACAUUCUGUUUUCCUUCUUGUCUCUUGGGUGCAACCUGGUUUUUCUUUCUGUUUUUAAAGUUCUUGGUGGAAGUGGAACUCAGUGGUUCCAAAGCUCUUUAAAAGGACACCCAGGUCUCACUGUCACGGUGGUUGGCUGUGAUUACCGGUGUUGGUGCUGUCUCCAUGUUCAGUGGUAGACAUACCGUGCUUGUUUGCCUGUAUGUGCUUGCUUCUCUGGAGAUUUGAGAACGAAAACUGGAAAGAACCUAUUACAGAGACGGGGGAAAUCCAACUGAGAAUUCAAAUCUCUAUGCCGAUGAGAACUGGAAGAUCUCUAUGCCGAUGAGAACUGGAAGAUCUCUAUGCCCAUGAGAACUGGAAGGUCUCUAUGCCCAUGAGAACUGGAAGAUCUCUAUGCCCAUGAGAACUGGAAGAUCUCUAUGCCCAUGAGAACUGGAAGAUCUCUAUGCCCAAUUCCUCGGGUCUCCUGUGAUCAGGCCCAAGCACCUACAGAAUGCUCCUGCUCUCUGUCCCCCAGUUACUUCCUGCCUUGUGACCACACACCCCUGCUUGACAAGGCUGCUCUGUAGAUCUGAAGGACUGGGGUUUCUGACCACACAGCAGUGCUGCUGACACAGAGGACAGUUUCUCUACCAGGUUUGUCACCUAAAGCAGUGAAAAUGGCCAGAGGAUCCGUGUCUGACGAAGAAAUGAUGGAGCUCAGAGAGGCUUUUGCCAAAGUCGACACCGAUGGCAACGGAUACAUCAGCUGCAAUGAGCUAAAUGACUUGUUCAAGGCCGCCUGCCUGCCUCUGCCUGGGUACCGAGUGAGAGAAAUCACAGAAAACCUGAUGGCCACAGGUGAUCUGGACCAAGAUGGAAAGAUCAGCUUUGAUGAGUUUAUCAAGGUCUUCCAUGGCUUAAAAAGCACCGAGGUUGCCAAAACCUUCCGAAAAGCUAUCAACAAGAAGGAAGGGAUCUGUGCGAUUGGGGGCACCUCUGAGCAGUCCAGCGUUGGUACCCAGCACUCUUAUUCAGAGGAAGAAAAGUAUGCCUUCGUCAACUGGAUAAACAAAGCCCUGGAGAAUGACCCCGACUGCCGGCACGUCAUCCCCAUGAACCCCAACACCGACGAUCUCUUCAAUGCUGUAGGCGAUGGCAUAGUUCUUUGUAAAAUGAUCAACCUGUCCGUGCCAGACACGAUUGACGAGAGAACGAUCAACAAGAAAAAGCUCACACCAUUCACCAUUCAGGAAAACUUGAACUUGGCUCUGAACUCUGCCUCUGCCAUCGGGUGCCACGUGGUUAAUAUAGGGGCUGAGGACCUGAAGGAGGGCAAGCCUUACCUGGUCCUGGGACUUUUGUGGCAAGUCAUCAAGAUUGGGUUGUUUGCUGACAUUGAACUCAGCAGAAAUGAAGCUCUGAUUGCUCUUUUGAGAGAAGGAGAGAGCCUAGAGGAUUUGAUGAAGUUGUCUCCUGAAGAACUCCUGCUGCGGUGGGCUAACUACCACCUAGAAAACGCAGGCUGCACCAAAAUCACCAACUUCAGCACCGAUAUCAAGGACUCCAAAGCUUAUUACCACCUGCUCGAGCAAGUGGCUCCAAAAGGAGAUGAAGAAGGGAUCCCGGCUGUUGUGAUUGACAUGUCAGGACUGAGGGAGAAGGAUGACAUCCAGAGGGCAGAGUGCAUGCUGCAACAGGCGGAGAGGCUGGGCUGCCGUCAGUUUGUCACAGCUACUGAUGUUGUCCGAGGGAACCCCAAGUUGAACCUGGCCUUCAUUGCCAACCUCUUUAACAAAUACCCUGCCUUACACAAACCAGAGAACCAGGACAUUGACUGGGGGGCUCUCGAAGGGGAGACGAGGGAAGAGCGGACGUUCAGGAACUGGAUGAACUCCCUGGGAGUUAACCCUCGUGUCAAUCAUUUGUACAGCGACUUAUCGGAUGCCUUAGUCAUCUUCCAGCUCUAUGAGAAGAUCAAAGUCCCUGUUGACUGGAACAGAGUAAACAAGCCUCCAUACCCCAAGCUGGGGGGCAAUAUGAAAAAGCUGGAGAACUGUAAUUAUGCAGUGGAUCUGGGGAAGAAUCAAGCUAAAUUCUCCCUGGUUGGCAUCGCAGGACAAGACCUCAAUGAAGGAAACCGCACUCUCACGCUGGCAUUGGUUUGGCAGCUCAUGAGAAGGUACACACUGAAUAUCCUGGAAGAUAUCGGAGGUGGACAGAAGGUCAAUGAUGACAUUAUUGUCAACUGGGUGAAUACGACCUUGAAGGAGGCGCAGAAAAGCUCGUCCAUUGCUAGCUUCAAGGACCCAAAGAUCAGUACCAGCCUCCCGGUUCUGGAUCUCAUUGAUGCCAUUCAGCCAGGUUCCAUAAACUAUGACCUUCUAAAGACAGAAAAUCUGGAUGAUGAAGAGAAACUCAACAAUGCAAAGUAUGCCAUCUCUAUGGCCAGAAAAAUCGGAGCAAGGGUGUACGCCCUCCCAGAAGACCUGGUUGAAGUGAACCCCAAAAUGGUCAUGACAGUGUUUGCCUGCCUCAUGGGGAAAGGGAUGAAGAGGGUGUAAGUCCCAGUGGAGUAAGCCAGAAAUCGACACAGACAAGCCUGAGGGAUCAGCACAUGGUGCUCCCAGGAUGCAGAGGACCAUUCAAGCCAUUGCAAAGUCCUGAACCUUGGAGACAUUAUUUGAAAUUCACAUAUUUCUUCAGCCAAGUAGCUUCUGCUAUAAUUAGCAAUACGUGCUUCUCUUUUGUUGUUGUUUUUUCAGAAGAUGUACUCGCCUACAGAUUUUUAUUCUUUGAAAGUCUACCAGGAAAAAAAAAAGAGAGAGUUAAAAAGAAGUUAUUUCCAGAUGCUUCCCCCUCCCCUCCCCCCUUGCUUUCACUGAUAGUCAAGGAUAUAAACUACAGUGUGCUUAAGGGUGCCUGAGAUCUUGAGCCAGCUUGAUCUAGCUGCUCUUGGCCUUGUUCAGACUGAGGACCUAGAAGAGAUCAUCAAACUUGCCUUAAAUAAACCCUCUCAACUAGAUGGUCACAGCCCCUCCUUGCAUCUUCUUCUCCCAGUCUGUCUCCCUGUGAGUCUGUGAGUUUGCUCCAUUCCCCUCAGAACCAUACCUGCUCUGUGGUCCCCGUUUGGUUUCUGGGUGUUUUGUUUUGUUUUGUUUUGUUUUGUUUUGUUUUGUUUUGUUUUGUUUUGUUUUGUUUUGUUUUGUUUUGUUUUUUUACCAGCCUUGCUACUGGAGUAUCUGACAAAUCAGUCAAGGUCUCAAGAGUCUCUCUGGGAGACUGCAACACUGGGGACUCAAGGAAAGUGUAAUAGAGAGUAGAACCACUAGGGGGCAGCAUAGUGAGACCACAGAGCAUCUUACCUUUCUGAGUGCCUUUAACCCCACUUGUGAGAGAGCUGCUUAUCGUGGUGUUGACAAAAUGCCUGACGAUUGUUGAACAACUUCAUUUGCUUUUAGACAUCGGCAUAUCCGAUUGCUGUCCAGCCAUAUUACCAAGCCUCACUUUGCUGGUACUACAGAAGCCUUUUGCCACCCUAAAAUUCCUGGAAUUGGGGCAUUGAUAUGUGCCAAUAAUCUAUGUCCCUGCCUCACCCAAAUGCUUACACGGGCCCAUACACACAUGUAGCUGGAUGUCGAGAGUAGAAUGUUGACUAGGAACUGCCUGGAAUUCAGAACAAAGAGGACAGUAUGAAUUUGAAUAGCUCCCAUUAGAUAAGCAAUUUCCACUAGAACCUACCAAAAGCUAAAAAGCCACAGAGCUUCGUGAACCAAAGCGAGGCUCCCUCUGCAUUAGUGAAAGGCUUACCUCCAUAGCAUCUUCCUUAGGGGUGGAAGGAUGUAAUGGAACACUGUUGUCUUCCAAAGCAAUGCAAAUGCAGGGCCUCUCAGCUCCCUCCCCUCGACAGUGGGCUCAGGAAACCAAUAGAUGACUGUGUCCAGCUCCCAAGCAGUGUUCCCGCUGCAUCAGAAGCAAGGUGUUUGGCUGUGACUUUAGUCUGAACUUCGUGUAGCCUUGGAUGAUGUUUGUCCAUCUGCUUCCGUGAAGAAGGGAUAUUAUUAUUGCCUUAAUGGAAAAUGAAAAUAAAUCAUGUUUAAAAAAAAAAUCUUUCCGAAUAAAAUGUCCCCCAAUUCUG